AUAAUAGAGAUUUUGUCUGGUCAGUACCCAUCACUUCAUUCCAUUCAUCGGAGACCCGCCAUUUCUUAAGGAACAAAUUUGCAGGGAAAAGCAAUAUACAAUCCCCAUCGCCAUCCAUACCAGAGAUCACUUCUUCAAGGAGAAAAGAAAACCCAUUAAAUAGAGCUCCAAAGAGAGAGCGAUGGGGGCGAUUACGAGCGCAGUGAUUGCAAUAGCGGGGGUGGUGCUGAGCUGGAUCGCCAUCGAGAUCGCCUGCAAGCCCUGCCUCGAGCAGGGCCGCAACGCCAUCGACCACUCUCUCAACCCCGACUACGACCCCGACGACGACAUUUCCUCCAACAUUCGCGCCCCUCUCAACCCCACCUCCGAUUUUCAAGAAAGCCUCGCCGAUCCAACGGCCACCGUUGCUUCUCCAGCUUCCUCCGCUCCCGUCAAGGCCGUCUGAUCGCCACCACUAUUGCAUCACAUAACUCAUCGCCCCUCUUCUUCUCUGGUAUUUUCCAAACCGCCAUCAUACAGUUUAAAGGAAAGGAUAUGAAAAGGUUUUCUUGGAUUCGUGUGUGUGUGCGUGUGUGUAUCUAAUGUUUUUUGUGAGUUUGGGACGUUGGUUGACUGACAUGAAUUGUUUGACUUUUGUUGUUGUGAAUGGAACAGAGAUUGUUGCUUACAUGUUCGUUGUUUUACCAAUUGUAUGAAAAAUGUCAGACUGAUUCUAAUCUAAGAGAGGCUUUUAUGA